AUAUUCCAUGUUGAAGACGAGGCAUGUCUUUCUAUAUAACCUCUUCCAUAGCUUCCUCAGUUGCACUUCCCUAGCUAGCUCCUAAAAUCAUGGCUCCUCCCCGCUUUCUCCUCGUAGCACACCCGCAACGCGGCGCUAUGAACCCAGUCCUCCAGCUAGCCGAACGCCUCGCACGGGUCAGCGGCCAUGUUACUAUCCUUACCACCGUGUACGUCCGCCGCUGCAUGAUCGAUCCGGUUUGCAUUGAAGGUGUAACCUUCACCACGUUCUCCGAUGGCUAUGACGAUGGCUGUAUGCCAGGGGAUGACCUCGAGCGCUUCAGGACCAAGAUGAAGCAGCGGGGGUCGGAAGCUCUUAGAGGCCUCAUUGAUCAUAGUUCUGGACGAGGCCUCAAGUUCACAUGCGUGCUCCACACGAUGUUGUCUUGGGUCGACGAUGUUGCUCGUUCCCUUCAAAUCAAAUCAGUUCUCGUCUGGAAUCAACCUGCUACCAUGUUCGAUAUAUUCUAUUAUUACUUCAAUGGCUAUGAGGAUGUGAUUAAGAACGUUGCAAGCCAAAGAGGUGAUACCACAUCGCUCAUACGAUUGCCCGGCCUACCCCCCCUAACCAACCGCGAUGUCCCCUCCUUUCUCCAAAUAGAAAACAAGUAUGCUUUCGCUUUGCCGCAACUCCAAACCCUAUUAGAGAGCCUAAAAGAGGGGGAAAAUCCAAAAGUGGUUCUUGUGAACACCUUCGAUGCGCUUGAACUCGAGGCAUUAAGAGCGAUCGGUACACUAAAUUUGGUCGGAAUAGGGCCCCUUGUCCCGCUCGGUGUCCUAGAUUCAGAAAAGUCCUCCGGAAGCGAUCGCUUUUUGGGCUCUGAGGAUUAUGUUGAAUGGUUGAACACAAAGGAGGAAGCGUCUGUAAUUUAUGUAGCCUUUGGAAGCAUAGCAACGUUAUCGAAGGGGCAAAAGCGAGAAAUAGCAUGCGGAUUGCUAGAGACCGGCCGGCCAUUCUUGUUGGUGAUGAGAGAGAGUGAUGGGGAUGAUGAUGAACUCAUUUACAAAGAGGAAUUAGACAAGAGAGGAAUGAUAAUCCCAUGGUGCUCUCAAAUUGAGGUAUUGUCGCAUCCUUCGAUAGGAUGUUUCUUCACUCACUGCGGGUGGAACUCGACGCUUGAGAGCUUGGUGUGUGGUGUUCCGAUGGUCGCAUUCCCUCAAUUCGGCGACCAAAUGACAAAUGCAAAGCUCGUCGAGGAUAUAUGGAGGGUUGGGCUUCGAGUGUCCCAGAUUAAUGAAGAAGGCAUCAUCGUUGAGGGAGGGGAAAUCAAGAAGUGCUUGGAAUUGGUCAUGGGAGGUGGAGAGAGAGGUGAUGGAAUUAAGAGGAAUGCAAAGAAGUGGAAGGAUUUGGCCAUGGAGGCUUCCAAGGAAGGUGGAUCUUCGGAUAAAAAUCUCAAGGCCUUUGUUGAAGAAUUCGCUCAAGUAGAUUGAUUCAUGAUAAAAUGUUACAUGUUAGCUUGAAUUUAUAUGUUCCUACUGUUCUUUAAAUUUGCUUGAUUUUUUUAAAAUUGUAUCCAGUUGAGUGGCAAUAUAGUUGAUGUAUGAAUAUGGACUCUUAUUUCGAGUACUAAAAGAGUAAAUGGAAAGAAUUUUAAAGGGAAAAAAGCUAUAAGAGAAAAAAACUCAAACUAUGCC